AUGCUGGCAAUAUGCACGACAGUUAGUAUAAAUUGUGACGACAAAAAAAUAAGAUUGCAGCUUUCGCGCUCUUCUUGUGUUUGCAGAGAGCGCACAGCAAGAAUGUCCCAUACCAGUCAUCUGGUCAAAGGGGGUUCAUCUACCGUGUUUGUAAAUGAAAACAUAAUUGGGGCAUUUCGACCUGUUAAAACAUUUAAUUACCAUCAAGAAGCGAGCAUAACAUCAUUAGACUUUGACGAUUCUGGACAGUACUUGAUAUCUUCAGGAGUUGAUAAAUCUAUACAAUUAUACGAUGUACAUAAAGGAAUACACUAUAAGGAUAUUCAGUCUCAGAAAUAUGGUGCUCAUGUAGCCAGAUUCACUCAUCAGGGCUUGAAUUGCCUCUACGCUUCAACACCAUCAGCCCAAUUGGAUGUCGAUAAUGCAGUCAGAUACUUAUCUCUCGAUAAUAAUCAAUAUAUCAGAUAUUUUAAAGGUCAUAAAGGGCAGGUUACUUCUAUAGAAGUAAACCCGUUGCUCGAUGUCUUUUUGAGCUCGAGCGUGGAUAGAAGUGUUAAAAUGUGGGACCUAAAAUCGUCUAAUCCUAUAGGAAAUCUAGACGUCGGACAGAUUUCAGUCAUUGCAUUUGAUGCCCAAGGCUUGGUUUUUGCAGUAGGUAAAAAUCCUGACCCAAAGGGACUGACUAAAUAUGGAACAAUAUCACUAUACGGAAUGAAUAACUUCGAUAAAGGACCAUUUCUAAGCACAGAAAUUGAAAUCCUUCCUGGUCAGACUUGGAACAAGAUAGAAUUUUCAAAUAAUGGGAAAUUACUUUUAGUAUCCACGGAUUCUCCUGAGCAUUAUAUAGUUGAUGCAUUUCUGGGCAAAUUGCUUACGAUUCUUCGAAUGGACCAUAUUCAAGACCCUUAUAAUGUUCCAUGGAUGUCGUUCAAAUAUCCUUAUAAUGGACCAGCUUGUUUCUCCACAUGUGGAAAAUUUGUUUUCGCUGGUUCUUUGAUGCUGAAUCUAUCCACAUUUGACUUAACAGGUAUUAAAACAACUGAUGGUGGAAAUCAUGUUGUGACACCGACCGAUAAUCCGAAAUAUUCAGAUCCAUUUAAAGUUAUUGAAACUCAGCAGGGUAUCCCAAAAGUUGUUGCCUUUAAUCCAAAACUUUUGACAUUGGCUACUGCUGAUAAUACGGUAUCAUUGUGGCAACCAAAACUUCAUUAG